AUGGCGUUUGUCUUUCUCAUAGCGAUUCAGCUGGCGGCUGGCGAUCCGGACGAGGAUAUUCCACACAACGAAGUUCGUAACUGGGCUAUACGUUUUGGUGUUGAUCUAUGGGAGUUUGGUCGACAAUUCACCAAAGUCAACGACAUCAAAAGUAAAUACAAGGAGUACGACGUGGACGUAAACCGGAAGGACGGAAUCCUGCUGCUUCGUGAAUUGGCAGCAGAGGUGAAGAAUUUUAUGGACUUUAAAAUGAAUGCCGUCAUGCGAAUAAUGGAUUCUGCUGAACAGGCGGCUCUUUCCGAGUCGGACCCGGAGUCUGGUGCAGCCAAAAGCCAUGGAGGAGCUUUUUACGAUGCCAGGCGAAUCAACGAGUACCAAUCGGACGGACGGCUGGCGGAAGGCUCCCGACAGAUGUUGCUAAGGCACAUGCGACGCUUUGAGGGCUAUCCGGUCAAUAUCAGUCUCAGUUCGGUGCUGGUACCGGGGGGAGUGGAGCUGGAAGACUCCGAAACAAGGGCGGCAAUAAAGUGGUCUUCACAUUUGGAUCCACUGUUUGCGAAUAACAUCGAACGAGAUUCGGCUCUUUCUUGGCAAUAUUUUGGAUCAAGUACUGGAUUUUUACGAAGGUUUCCAGGAACGGCAUGGCCACCGGAAACUUCCUACGGAAGUAAGGAGAUCAGUGACUUUCGGACGGAAGAUUGGUUUAUUCAGGCUGCCUCUUCGCCAAAGGAUGUGAUUAUUCUUCUGGAUUCUUCCGGCUCAAUGAGCGGUAAGGAAUAUCAGUUGGCGAUGGCAACGGCAGCCGCUAUCAUGGAUACCUUGGGAGAUGAUGAUUUCUUCAAUUUAAUAUCAUUUUCCGAACAAGCAAAGGUUAUUGUACCGUGUUUUCAAGACAAAAUGGUUCGUGCAACUCCGGACAAUGUUAAAGAAGUUAAAACGGCCAUUCAGACAGUGGAAUGUGAGAAUACCGCAAAUUUUUCUGCUGCUUUGGAAAGUGCGUUUGAAUUACUUCGAAGGUAUAAUCAAAGCUCCCAGGGAAGCCAGUGCAAUCAGGCUAUUAUGCUGAUCACUGAUGGGCCUAGCGAUACCUUCUCGGAUAUCAUCAAACAUUACAACCACCCACAUAUGCCGGUUAGAAUUUUUACGUACUUGAUUGGUACUGACAAGAGCAGCGGACAAAACCUGUAUCAAAUGGCCUGUGAUAACAAAGGAUUCUACGUCCAAAUAAACAGUGUUGAGGAAGCAAAACGCAAAGUGGUUGAGUACGCUCUGGUGAUGGCUCGUCCAAUGGUUCUUUACCAGGCGGAUCACCCGAUCCACUGGAGCCCGGUAUUUACCGGAGGUCGCAGCGGUAUCCUAGGCCGUGAGAGUGAGAAUCGUCGUAAGCUUGUGACUACGGUGUCGACGCCGGUGUUCGACCGUCGCAACCAUACUACCCGGGCGGCGAAUUUGUUGGGAGUGGUUGGUACUGACGUUCCUAUCGAAGAAAUCCAGAAAAUGAUUCCGCAACAUAAACUUGGUGUCAACGGAUAUUCCUUCAUAGUGGAUAAUAACGGCCGUGUUUUGUAUCAUCCGGAUUUGCGACCGUUGAGUGAUAACGGACAGUAUAGUACCAGCUUGAAGCAUAAAUAUAACUCAGUUGAUCUGACGGAAGUAGAGCUGCCAGAAAUAGACAACCCAAAUAAUGGGCUUAGUGAUCGGCAUGAGCAUAGGUAUACGAAUAUGCUUCAAGAACUUCGCAAUGAGAUGGUUCUUCAGAAGGAAGGGGAGAAUGAACUGACCGUUUUAACUCACAUGGACGGCAUGCGACGGGUUACUUUGAGGCCUCAGAAAUAUUUUUACGGGCCGAUAGAGGGAACUCCGUUCUCUUUGGGAAUUGCCUUACCAGAUAACUAUGGUAUUCAUGAGCUUAACGCUCAACAGGAGAUUCGGCAUUCCCAUACCAAUGUUACCGAACACUUACAGGGUAACAAUUGGAAAGUCCAUCCAGACUGGGUAUAUUGUGAGUACAACAGUCUGAAGGACGUUGAAAGCAAUGGCGAGAGUACGAUGGAAUCCACCUAUCGGGAUAAGGACGAAAAUUUCGAUACUCCCGAGGAACAAGUGUUGCACUUCUUGGCCCGUGUUGGAAGGCCCGGCUGGAAGUGGAUGUCGGUUCGUCCCCGAUCACCUCAGCCGCAUCAUGGACACGGUGGUAUUCCGGUUGGGCAUUUUGCCCAACACCAUUUCAAUUCACAGGGUUCACGAAAAGCCGAACCGUACUACUGUGAUCGUACUCUCGUCCAAAGCUUAGUUCGUGAUGCUAUUGUGACGGAUGGUUUGGACCGAGCGCCAACUCAUCCGGCUAGGAAGGAGGAUCGCAGCAGACAAGGAUUUUCCAUGUUCGAAGUGAAGACCACUUUUGUUGCUACUCGUUCUGGACUUCUGCGUUGGUUUGAUCACAUUCCACAUCCUGAAAAUGCACCAGAAGCGCAUUUCAGUGAAUCUAAUUCUCGAUCAAUGGAUAUGAGUUGGUACAAGAGAGCAGUUGAUCAUCACUCGAUCGAACCGGAUGGGUUUGUUUUCAGCGUUCCGUUUGAUUCCGGCUACUCCGGAAAAAACAGUUCGACUUUAGUCACCGCUACGCAUGCUCUUUUCAUAGACCAUCGAGGCCACAAGGCUCCAGCGGCUGUAGUCGGUCUUCAGUUCCAACAUGAAUCUUUAGCGAAACACUUCAUCAAUAUUACUUCUGCUUGCACUGGAUCUACAUCCUGUAAGAAGACCUGUGCUUCAGAUGAACUGGAUUGUUACCUACUUGACGAUAAUGGUUUUGUUAUUUUGUCCGAACGUAAUGAGCACACCGGAAAAUUCUUCGGUCAAAUCGACGGUACUAUCAUGGAUUCACUAGUUCAGGAUAGAAUCUACCGACGGAUUGGGUUGAUGGAUUAUCAGGGCAUUUGCUCCGAUCGGGACAACCCCUACACCGCCGCAGGUGAAGUUCCGAAACCGGUACGGCCUAUGUCUUGGUUGUUGAAAUACAUUGUUACUUUUGCCACAUACUGGUUGUCGGUUUUACCGAUCCCGGUGGCUUCCUGGCAUCAGAGCAAUAGUUACUAUGACACCGAAAAUGAUUUCGAAGAGGAUGCGUACGAGUAUGAGAGCAACUACGAAAUGCCACCGGAACAUACGGCUCACGAUUUCACUACACCGGAUUACGAAAUACAUUCAACAACCGCUCCUCAAAGAUCGCUGACCACAUCCGGACCGCGUGUGAUUCCAGAUCCAGCACAUGCACGACCGUGUGAUCUGAAGACCGAUCUGUAUGUAUUGCAACCGGAUCGGUUGAACUCCAGCGGGCAGAACAAUCCACUGAAGGGAAAGCUUACCAAUUGCCAUUCUUCUGGAUGUGAACGGCCAUUCAGUGUACAGAAGAUUCCACACAGUAAUCUAAUCUUGCUGGUUGUAGAUGUGCUAUGUCCAUGCGGGUCAAAACAGUUGGACAUCGAGCCUCAAGAAGUGCACGGCGGAGCAGGGGCUUGCGGCAUCCGGCGGAUGGCCAAGGAGAAAAUGCUGAGGAAGCGACCGAAUCGUUGCAUCAGCUACCAUCCGGAGGAGAUCGAAAUAAAGCAGUGCGGCAAGGCUACCGGUCUGUUCCGAGCAUCGAUCUACUCGACGAUAGCAAGCUUCGUCCUUAUAUGGAUCCUGACCAGUGCGUGA